AUUCUUAAUUUUUCAAAUCAGAAAAUACACGCCUUGUACAAAUCGUAUUUUUGUAUAUUUUUAGUUUUUAAACUGAUUUGUAGUAAAAGAGUGAAAAAAGUACAAAACGAUCCAAAUAACGGCGAUAAUCGAUUUGUGGAAAAUCGGUGUUUUGGUUUUAAAGCCUCUUUUCUCCGAGAGAUAAAAACCGUAGAGAGCCCGAGCGCCAUAUUGGAUCUCUCAGUCGCCCCUUCUAGCCUCCCCGACGACAGCCGGAAAACUGAAAGCUCCAAAACUCGGAAAAAAACUCCGGGAUCCGGGAAAAGCCCACCUCGACCCGGACAGGUCGCCGUCCUAGAAAAGAUACAAGGGCUCAGCACUUAGGAGAUCCUAAAAAAAGCCCAUUUGUAAAAAAAAAUUCUUUCCGAUCCUCGAAACCGUCGAGGAAAACUCCCCGAGAAAUGCCCGGAAAACCUCUUUCCCACGACGAACGUCCUCUCUGAACCUUUAAUAAAUGCCAUCCGCCUUGGAAAAGUCUUAAGGGAAAUCUUCACCUACCCAAGUGACAGGAUGUGAUAUCGAGUGAUUUUUAUUUAUUUUAAAAGUGCCUAUUUGUUUUUUUGUUUUUCGUCUCGUCCCAUCAGACCUGGACAAAUGAAAAAGGACGGGAAAGGAAAGACUUGAUGUUUGAAAGGAAUAUAAUGACGGACAACCGUGGGUACAACCCUGAGACGAGCAAUCACAUCCAGCAACAUUCCCAACACCAACACCAGCAGCAGGUUCCCACUCUGCUCCAACAGCACUUCCCAGUCUGCUUUGUCUGCGGGUCUACUGGGCACUCAGAGGAGUACCAGCUGAAGUCCACUCCAGGUUCAAGAACUUUGAUCGCAGGUGUAGAGCUCGAGGAGCCUUUUUUCCCCUUUCUCGAAGGUCACUCGCCUCCUGCAGGGUACAGACGAUCUUCUCAUAGAGAAACCACCUUCAGAGCGUGUUAUCUCUGCUAUAGUCUUCUCACACAGCAAUGGGAGAAGUACCAGAAGGAGAAUACACCACACUCGAGGCGAAUCUAUUGGCUCAAAAGGGUCGACAAUGGUCCUUACACUGGUGCGGAAGUCGGUUCUCAGGACUACCCCUCUCCAGACAUCAUGGGUCACAUGUUCAGGGAUUCUGGAAUAUCAAGUCUGGAAGAAAGUACGCCUAACUCAUUUGACCCACGUCAAUCACCGUCCAUAUCUGCAGCAAAUGGCGGCAGCUCAAAUCCAGGGAGUUAUACAAGCUCAAGCGGUACCGAUAUUUUAGAUCUUUCGAUGCCGAACAAGAACUCAAAAACUCAGGUCUGCUAUGUCUGUGGUGAGGAAUACUCAAGAGGUUCAUUGGCUCAUAUUGGUGCCAAGCCUCUUUCGAAUCAACCUUAUUUCCCAUCAUUGAUGCUCCAUUCAAGACCACCUAGGUCACGCCCGAUGGAUUCUACAGGCCGUGUACUUGCUUGUGCUCCUUGCCAACAGCAUCUCCUUCACCAGUGGAAUGCAUACCAGGCAAGCAACGUAGCGCACAAUGAUCGUCAUUACACCCUGAGAAAACGGUCUUCACCGGCACAGGAGACUUUCGUGUGCUAUACCUGCGGUCUCGAGUACCCAUCUAGUUCUUCACGGACCAUGCACACACAACCUAAUUCAAACGGGGCGAUUUAUUAUCCAUUUAUAGCAGGUCUUGGAACUCCGUUGAAAGCGAGGCCGAUCACGCCUCAAGGCAGUGUGGAAGUUUGUAGCAUUUGUUACAAGUCGAUACCACAAAAGCACCAAGGUUACCCAAGCCCACAACAGGACAAGAAGAAAUCUGAUAUAAGAUUCAAGCCGUACGAAAUGAAACCUGCUCCUAAAUCUGAAGAUUACCCAAGUUCUAGCACUUAUUUGUGCCCUAGUUGUAUGCUUUUAGUACCAAGAAAUGAGACUGAUUGGGUACCAACUGCCCCGGAAGGAAUAAACUCGCAUGCUAUGCAUUUCCCAUGUCUUCGUCCAUUGCUAUCGACUGCUGAUUGUGUCGAUUCAACUGGGAGAGUUUUAAUAUGCAAUAAAUGUCUUGGUAGGCUUGCCACUCAGUGGGAUCUUAUGGAAGCGGAAAGAGUUCCUCUUGAAGCGAGAAAAUACGAGCUUCCUAGGAAUGUGAGUAAUGGUAGUCCGGUUCUUCAUCAAGGGUCAUCUAUUUAUUGCUUCCUUUGUGGCCUCCAUUCAGAUUUGACCCUUGCAAGAGUAAUAUACUCAAGACCCCAAGGCAGAAAUGCUCCGUAUUUUCCUGCUCUUCUUCGUCACCAAAGUCAGUCAAAUACCGAACAACUGCGAGAAGACGGGUCUGCACUCGUGUGCACAUUUUGUUACCAUACUGUAUUAGCUCAGUGGCGAAGGAGUCCAAACAUAAGCCCCGAGACUAAGCAGUACAACUGGCAUGAUUAUAUCUGCUACGUAUGCGGCAUCACAACAUAUCGGAGACGAGUACGGGCGCUCCCUGUGAAAGACUUUCCCUUUCUUCGAUAUCAUAGGCAACCGGAAAGAUCACUUCUUCUUGAGAAUGGUGAUCUUGCCGUAGUUUGUCUGGACUGUUAUGAGACACUAAGGUCACAAUCGCUUGAAUAUGAGCGCUGGGGUCUGCCACCGGAUAAGAGACAGUACAACUGGAUUCCACAACCUCCACCACCAGAAGAUUCACCAGAUGUCCUUGUCGCCAGGUUACCAUCGGGCCACCGCCAUGGAAAUGCUUCUGUUUCAUCAUCUAUUCCUCCGAGCAGAUCCACAUCAGUACAGCCAAAGAAAGCGAUUCCAAAUCAAGUGAAACCACCUGAUAAGCGUGUCCCACAAGUGUCGAAGCAACUCGAAGGACCAUCACCGAAGGGGAAAAGCAGCCAGCGUUCAGCCCAAGCACAACUCCCUUCGACUCCCACACCUCAUCCUCAACAGGGUCGAUCCUUCGCCGCGUUCCUCCGCAACCUUGCCAGCAAGCAAAGUUCGGAAAUUGAAGAGAGAACGAGUCCAAAACGAGCACCCCCGCAACUACUACGACCUCAGUCUCCACCUAACAACAAACUUCAUGAAAAGGAUACUGCGCCACGCAGCGGGUUUCAACCGUACAGGCCACAAGAUUCAAGAAUGCCCCACUUGAGCAUACCUAUCGAGUACCCUUACCAGCACUUGUAUCCACAACACGUCUACAGGCUAGAGGAACAACUUUACCUUGAGCGUUGUGGGCUUGGUGUAUAUCCGCCUUACCAUGCUCCUGCUUCUUUAUACCCUCUCAUGCCAUCGCCACUCCUCUUACCACCAGCGUCUCUCCAUGAGCGUAUCAAAAUAGAAGAGGAGCACAGGCUACGAGAACAGGAGAGACGUGAAAAGAGUAAGAGAAGCCCGAGAGCAUCUCCUUCGCACUCCACUGACUCCAGAAAAGCUCUGCAGCAACCACAGGUACAACCUCAACAUCAACAACAACAGCAGCCACAACAACAACAACAGCAACAACAACCACCACCACCUCGAUUUGUGAGACCAUUUGAGGACUACCCAGGGCCCCAACGUCGCCUGAGCCCACCUCCACAGAUAACAAAGGUUGAGGAAAGAACUUAUGAUGUUGCAGUUUCUAUUGUGGAUCAAUAUUUACAGAUCUGGCCUGCUCGUACUUCAUCUCCGGUUGUCUCAUGGCUUGACGAACAGAAAGCACGAGGAGAACAGACUACACCAUCUCCGAGUUCACCUGACGGUCCAACAUUAGAUGGAGAAAAGCAACCGCUUGUAGAUGUCGAGCCUCUUAUACUCUCCGGGCCACCUGCACCUUUAGAAACUGCCGAAGACAAACUGACGUCCCUCAGAUCAUUCGGACUUGUCACUGCCAGGGAGAAAUCCGAUGUGGAGCUGGGCAAACUUCUGCGAAUGAGGGUUCUGCCUGAGAUGAUAGUAGAGCCUUCAGAAGCAGAGGAGGCAAGGCCAGAGUCGCCUGUAGACCUCCCCAUACCCCGUCCAAUGGCCGAAGACCUGGGUGAUAUCAGGCAUAAGGUGGAUUUUCUCAACAAUCUAGGACUUGCGUUCUUUGAGAAGGAACGUGCUCAAGAAAGGGAAAUCAUUUGGGCAGAAGUUCUUUCCGAGAGAAGGCGGAAGGGGCGGAUUAACCCGCUCCUCGUCUAUUUCGAGUCGUGCCAAGAUUCCUUCGAUAAGCCCCUCGAAGACACCGAGAUUGUCAAAUGGCAAGGAAUCGAAGCGAUAAUAGAAUCCUAUGCUAACUAUGAUAUCGAAAGAGAAAGGGAAAGGGAGAUUUUAAAAAAACAGUUGGAGUCGAACGAAUGUUUUUAUUCGAAACUGAGGGAGGAAGCAAAACAGCUCGAAUCACGCCGAAUGUCUCUCAAACAACUCUCAGAAAAACUGUCAUCGGAAAGGGCCGAUAUUGAAGGGAAAAUUGAGAACCUCAGGAACCUUGCCAUGAAACUUGAGUCUUAAUAAUUGACUUUUUAAUUUCUCUUUUAAUUAAAACGACAAAAAAAAAUUUCUUUAUUAUUUCAUUGAGAAGUUCAAUGAAUCAUCAUACCGGUUAAACAUGAUCGAUUACAUUUUGCCAUAUUAAUGUCUUUCAUGUUUGAAUUUAAAAAAGUCAUAAAAGUAUGCAUUGAUCUUGUUUGGGUUCUCAAAUACUUGUUACAUUAAAAAAUAUUACAUAAAAUAAUUACUUGAAAUAAUUUUAUCAUUAAUGAGAUGAUAAAGGUACUGUUAGAAAUGAAAUCAAUGAAAAUGUACCUUGUAACACAUCCACAUCUUCACUUUUAAGUGGGGAACAUACCCGAUGUAACCGCAACGCGACGUGACCCGAAGCCACCUGACACAAUCCAAUUUCCAAUUUUCCGUAAAAUUAUAUUAUCCCCGUGCACAUCCGCCCAACACCAUGCAACACAAUCCAACUCUACGCAACGCGAUGCAACCAAGUUCCCCUGUCCAGAUUUUUGUCGAGUAGCAUUGAAUACAGUAGAAGACAAAAAACCGGAUACUCCUAUUUUUUAUAGUUAUUUUACACUAUAUGUAUUUCUGUUGUUAUAUCGUUUCAACAUGCUUAUUUUAAUGUAAAAAAAAAGUUAUUUAAUUAUGAUGUUUGGCAAAAAAUUUAUCCAAAUAACGGAAUACCAUUUAUUGAUUA